UUAGGAUACGCUGUCUAAAAUGUUGUUGGUUUCCUGCUUCUCUUCUACUGUUUCUAGGCACAGCCUGCCAAGACGAUGACAGUCACUUAUUCCAGCAAAGUAGCAAAUGCCACUUUCUUUGGAUUUCACAGAUUACUCCUAAAGUGGAAAGGCAGCAUCUACAAAUUGCUGUACAGAGAAUUUAUUGUUUUUGCUACCCUUUACACAGCGAUAAGUGUAUUAUACAGAUUUUUUCUUACAGGAAGCCAAAAACGGUUCUUUGAAAAAUUAUCAAUUUACUGUGACAAAUACGCUGAACAAAUCCCAGUAACUUUUGUGCUUGGUUUCUAUGUCACGCUGGUGGUGAAUCGCUGGUGGAACCAGUUUGUGAAUUUGCCAUGGCCAGACCGACUGAUGUUCUUAAUCUCUAGCUGUGUCCAGGGAAGAGAUGAAUACGGCCGCUUGAUCAGGAGGACUCUAAUGCGUUAUGUGAAUUUAACUUCUCUGCUGAUCUUUCGCUCCGUGAGCACGGCUGUGUACAAAAGGUUUCCCACCAUGGACCACGUGGUGGGUGCAGGUUUUAUGACAAGACAUGAAAGAAAAAUAUUUGAUGACCUUAAGUCUCCCCAUCUGAAAUAUUGGGUUCCCUUUGUCUGGUUUGGAAAUUUGGCAUCGAAGGCACGAAAUGAGGGUAGAAUUCGAGACAGUGUGGAUAUGCAGACACUAAUGAAUGAAAUGAAUAAGUUCAGAUCUUGGUGUAGCCUUUUGUUUGGCUAUGACUGGGUUGGAAUUCCUCUGGUCUAUACACAGGUCGUUACUCUUGCAGUCUAUACCUUUUUCCUUGCCUGCCUGAUAGGCCGCCAGUUUUUGGAUACUGACCAAGGGUAUCAGGGACAUGACUUAGAUCUUUAUGUUCCAGUCUUCACGCUGUUACAGUUCUUCUUCUAUGCAGGAUGGCUCAAGGUCGCGGAACAGCUUAUUAAUCCAUUUGGAGAAGAUGAUGAUGAUUUUGAAACUAAUUGGUGCAUCGAUAGAAAUUUACAGGUCUCACUUCUGGCGGUGGAUGAGAUGCACAUGAACUUACCAAGAAUGGAGAGAGAUAUUUACUGGAACGAUUCUUCCGCCCGGCCGCCCUAUACAAAAGCAGCUGCUGAUUACUGCAUUCCUUCAUUCCUUGGAUCAACAAUUGAAAUGGGGGUGGCUGAUACCGAAUUCCUCUAUGGGGAAGAGUGGCCCUGGGAAGAGGAGAAACACCACAGACAACAUUCAGUGCUGAGAAGAGUUAAGAGAUUUCUCAGCGUCCAUGAGGGCCCUUCAUCCCCCGCUCACCGGCGCUACAACCGGCAGACAAGCGAAAAUUCAGUGUUUUUCCCCGCAGAUGAGAAGGGACACAUCAGACGGUUGCAAGAAAUGCACACUAGAGGGAGACAUUCUACCUCCAGCUUCAAGAAGAAACAUGAAGGAGCUGACCGAAGCAGCAGACUUCACAAUAGCAGAGAUCUAGGACCUAUAAGUGAAACCUCGAGGAACGAGGCACAGCUCAAUGACAGUGACACCUCAUCUGAGACAAACAAGCCAGUUCCUGAGGUCGUCAUCUCUGAAGCUAAGGAAAAAGCACCUGAUGUGCUGGGCAAAACAGCUCUGCAGGCAGAGGGCACCGAAGCCAUGCCAGAAGAGAAGCUCCAAAGGAGCCUAACCGAGGCAGACGUGUCUCUUAUGGACCUUUCUUUAUUCCCCCCAGAAGUGACCACAUACCUCCCAGACACUGAGACGCAUCAGUCGCUGCCGAGCAUGAUAGGGGAACCCAAACACGAAGCCCACAGUAGUAACAUAGCCGGUUUCGUAACAGACCACGAGAGAAACCUUCAGCGAUGGAGUUUACCGAGCUUCCAUAGCCCCAGUACAAUGCCCAGUGCUGACUCUGCACCUCCUGUAACAGAUCCUGCAACAUCUCCACAACCAAGGACUGUGGUAAGCGAUGCAAAAAGUCUUACUUCUGCUGCUGCUCCGGAGACAUUUGAAAUGCACCACCUAUUGGAUAACCUGGAUACCAAAGAAACAGCCAUAGUAGAAUUUUCUAAUGAGAAAAGUAAAAGAAAUCCUUAA